UACGGUAAAGGAUGUUUGUGAAUAUUUAUCCAUGCAAUGAUUGACGAAUCUGCGUAAAUUGCGCGUGGCAGCAAGGUUUAUCAUAUCGUGUGUAAACAAGACUACGUGAAAUUAUUCAAAGUUACCGCGUUGGUGUGGUUUGCCAACGCCAACAAUGUUUUCCACAAGAGAGAAUCGAUGUCAUCGCUUCCAGGCCAACAUCUUCAACAAAAGUAAAUGUCAAAACUGUUUCAAAACCGUGGAUUCGCACAAACUCAGCGAGGCAGACCUGUAUCAAAGCAAGCCUCUACAGGUGGGAUGGCUUCUGUUGGCACCUGAAGGUAUUGACUUAAGCAGUCCUUGCCACAGGAAACGGAAAUGGCAGAGGAGAUACUUUGUGCUGUACGAACACGGCCUCCUGCGCUACUCUCUGGAUGAGAUGCCAGGUACGCUGCCCCAAGGAAGUGUGAAUAUGACCCGGUGUUGUGAAGUUCUUGAUGCUUCAUCUCAAACAGGUUUCCAGAACUGUUUGAAGCUAUGCUUCCCUGAAAGAGACUUCUACAUUAAAACAGAAAACACAGACAGCAUCUACAGGUGA